AUGCAUAAGUUUGAUUUAGAGCUCUCAAGGAGAGCAAACCCUUUGCUUUUUAGUCCGGAACGAUACGAAGAGUAUCCAUUGAAAUACGAUGAAUUGAAACAGUACCUUCUCUCACAAAACCCCUCCCAUCCCCACCAUAAUAGUAGACCCUACACUUCUAUCGACUAUUUUGAUUAUCUUCUGUAUAGAAGUAAAAACGAUGAGUCAGAAAUAGAUCUUGAUAAAAAGCUAGUAUCUGAGUUUGCUUUAUAUUACGUUCAAAAAGAGCGCAUGAACUCUGAUGACAUAUGUCCCACACUUAAGGAGCUUUUAAAGCUACAUCCGGGCUCUUCGGAAUGGUAUGAAAUGAUGCUGAGAGUGUUGGAAUCAAUUAACACUACAGGAAUUGAACAGCUUACCAAAGAAAAUAAUAACAGUUUCCCGAAUUCUAAAAGGGUCAGGUCCUCCACCAAUAUGGGUGGCAAGGACAAAUUUAACAACAGUGCUAAUCGUAUUGACAAUGCCGAUAACGACAAAAAUGAAAUACUUCAAGAAUUAACGUCCUUCUUAAUGUCAAACUCGAUUCAGAAAGGUAUUGAUAUCAAACCCAUACCAUUAGAUGACCCUGUGAAGUUCCUGAAAAAUGGGAUAAAUUCCAUCUUGGACACCUGCGUCAGCUUGGAAAAAACAACGUCUUCACCACCGACUUCACCCAACGCUGCUGCAAUUCAAGAGGAAGACUCUUCUAAAAAAUUAGAAGAACUGGAGACGGCAUUUAGUGAUUUGCAACUGGCACAUAAUUUCCUGACUAAGCAAUUUGAAAAUGAUCGUGCCGAAUACGUACAAGACAUUGAAAAGCUAACGCGAACCAACAGAGAAUUACAAGAUAAGUUACUAAAUUACCACUCGAAUUUAAGUAAAACUGAAAAGAAAUUAUGCGACUUGGAACAGGAAAAUAAAGAACUUGAAAAAACCAAUAACAAGUUAAAUUCAAACAAACAUAACUUCAGUAUAUCAUCACCAGCGAGUUCUCCGGUCACUUGGGAUCCAAGUUCACCUUCCUCUAUAGGAAGUCCCACAAGCGGUUCUGGAUCACGUUCACUUUCAAUAAUGACAAGCGAGUUCAAAAAAGUCCUUACGAGUACACAAAGAAAAUAUGAAAAAGAGUUGUCCGAUGAGCGAGAGCAUAGAUAUAAGUUAGAAAGGGAGCUAGCCUUGCUGAGAAAUGCAGAAGCGGAUACCUCACUUGCCCUCAAUACAGACGAUCCACCAGAUAUGUUGUGA